AUGACCAAUCCAGUGUUCCAGCAAAACCAGUAUUCAGACUGCAGUGACCUAUCCUGUAUUCCAGACACACCUGCGCUCAGCCUUGCCAGGCAGUAUCCUGCUCAGUGUUCCAGUAGUGUUAGUAGCCGCGUUCGCAUUCAACCAUAUCACAACAUAUUCAGAAAGAAAACAUUUUUAAAACGUCCUGUAAAUGAAAAUCAUCAUAGUCCUAUUAACAUUACAGAAAAUGGCAAAACCUGCAUUCUCUUUGUUGCUGAGAAGAUAAUGUUAACAUUUAAGGAUGAAAUUCAUUUGGACUUAACAGAUAGAACAUUUGGAUCACAUAAAAUAGUGGACAUAGACGAUUCCAACUGUAAUGAAGAAAAUGCCACACUUUCACUUAAGUUUGGCAACUUAGGAAAUUUAAAAGGACUUACUUUAAGAUUUCUAUUGAUCAAAAGCCUUUAUAAGCCUCCUUCUCAAAAUUGGUUCAAAUUACAAUGUGUACAGAUACUUUUCAACAAUUCCGUUCAAGCUACUUAUAGCACAACAAGAAUAUUUGCUCCAAUCAACUUCUCCUACCACUGCAAGCAUGUCACCAGCAUUCACAAACAUGAUGCACUCUUGAUACCCAGCUCCUUGGAUGAUAAUUCAAAACAGUGGGAAAUUACAUUUUUUGACUUUCAGAUACAAGGCUUCAAUAUUGAAGAAGGACAUUUUGCCUAUGCCAAAGACUGUGUGACGUACCUCUCGCCUGCCAUUAUCAUGGGCCUAGUCAUGUCUCUAAUCCUGCUGUUGGUCUUGGCCUACAUAUUGCACAUGCUGAUUCAUCUUAAAUCAAUAGACAGGCAUUAUCACAGAAAAAGCUCUUCUACCUAUUUCCCUAAAACAAAACACAGUUCUCUUGUGGAUGAGAGGGAGCCCCUUAGAGGUGGUCUACAGGAAUGUUAUGAACUGAGAAGCAACUCCCUAGAUACAGACAUUAUAAAAUCAACACUGGUGCAACACUGCAUCUCUGGAGACUUAUAA